GUGCACCUGUGUCGAAAUGGCAACCGAAACUUACGGCCACCGCUUUGCGUAUUCCGAAAAGGACAUGAUCUCGUCUGACCUGAUGUUAGAAUAUUCGACUGAAGAGUAUUUAUAUUGGCCAAGGUCACCUGAUUCGGGCCGAUCAAGUUUGGAACCCACUCCAUCUCUAGAUGGAAGUCAAGAGUCAACCCAUAUCGCUUACAGAGGAUUACCGAACGAUAUUCUAGAAGAUUCCGAGGAGUUGGAUCUCGAAGGUUCUGGAAAGAGGCGUGGUAGAGCUACCAGUGCUGCAGUUUUAAGGAGGCGUAGAUUAGCUGCUAAUGCCAGGGAAAGAAGACGAAUGCAGAACUUGAAUAAGGCGUUUGAUAGACUUCGGGGACACCUGCCUUCCUUAGGAGCUGAUCGCCAGCUCUCCAAAUACGAGACUCUACAAAUGGCUCAAACAUAUAUUGCAGCUCUCUAUGAACUUUUACAAUAGGUAUGUAAAGUGAAGUGCUCAGUGUUAAAUCGUUGAUUGGUAUCUAGAUUUUCAUUUGCAAUGCCUUAUAAUCUCAUAUUUUGUUGUUGUUAAACUAAAAUCAUUUUUCUAUAAAUAUUUAUAUGCCAUCCUAAAUUGUUACUUUUAAUAGCAAAAACACUUAUGUAAUGAACAUAUGUAUAAUAAUACAGUAAAUAUUAUAAUAUAAAUAUAGUGGCUGCAAGCAUUGUAAAAUUAAUUAGUUAUAAAAUUGUAAAUUUUGAGACAAGCCAAUAAGAGAUUAUCGCCAAAAUGUAUUUAGUUAGUUAGUACAGGGGUUUUUAUAGUACCAUAAUACUCACGUUACCAAUGUAGGAGAUAUUAUAUUUUCCAAAAGCGAAAUUCACAUUAAAAAAAAUUAUGUUAGAUAAUUUAAAUAUGUUAAUUCGCGUUAGGAAAUUUCUUGCCUGUAAAGUAUACGCUUAUUUUUAUUGAAGUUAUGUUUGUGAUUCCGUCCCUU